UUCGUCGCAUGGUGCAGGGUGGACGGAACCGCAGAAACGAUGCCGCCGCGGAUCCUGAUAUUUCUAGCGUUGCUUUGCGUGUCCCUGAGUAGCGUCUCGCAACCGAGUCACGCCAGGAAGCUCUUCCGCUGCCCCUCAACAUGCAGCUGCUCCAAAGAGUCCAUCAUAUGCGUCGGUUCUUCCUACGUCCCCAGGAUCAACCCCGGCGACAUCAUUUCUUUGAGCAUCGUCAAUGGCACUUUCUCAGAGGUCAAAGAGGCCAUGUUUUCUCAUAUGCCAUCACUGCAGUUGCUACUUCUUAAUUCCAAUUCCAUUACGACGAUAAGAGAUGACGCAUUCUCCGGUCUGCCACAUCUGGAAUACCUGUUUAUUGAGAACAACAGGAUCGAGACCGUGUACAAAUACGCCUUCAGGGGACUACGGGACCUGACCCACUUAUCGCUGGCGAACAACAAGAUCAAAUCCCUGCCUCGGGACCUCUUCGCCGAGCUGGACUCGCUAAUAGAGCUGGACCUGCGAGAGAAUGCAUUCCAAUGCGACUGCCGGGCAAAGUGGCUGAUGACGUGGUUGAGAAGUACCAACGCCACAGUGUCCGACGUGCCCUGCGCCGGACCGGAGGACGCGAAAGAGCAGCGCCUCAACGAUAUGAGCCUGCAAAACGAGUGUAUCUCAACGGAUUUCAUCCUACAUCAGACUGUGAUGUCAGAGUCCCUGACGGUCGACACCUUCGGCUACAAGAACGACGUCUUUGUGGCGGUCGCCUCUCCCGGCGCGGAGAGCUGCAUGGUCCUCCAGUGGGACCACAUCGAAAUGAAUUUCAGGACUUACGACAACAUCACAGGUCAGUCUAUCGUGGGGUGCAACUCGAUGGUCAUCGAGGACCAGGUGUUCAUCAUCGUGGCUCAGCUCUUCGGCGGCUCGCACAUCUACAAGUUUGAUGAGGACCAGAGCACCUUCACCAAAUUCCAGGACAUCGAGGUGUCCAAAAUCUCCAAGCCCAACGACAUCGAGGUGUUCCGGAUCGGCGCCGAACGAUUCUUCGUCAUCGCCGACAGCUCCAAAGCAGGUCUGUCCACUCUCUACAAGUGGAACGAGAACGGCUUUUAUUCCUACCAGUCCCUUCACGAGUGGUACCGCGACACGGACGCCGAGUUCUUGGACUUGGAUGGAAAAGCACACCUGAUCCUGGCUAGCCGUUCCCAGGUUCCGGUUAUCUACCAGUGGAGCCGGAGCAACCAGAAGUUUGCGCUCUUUGGCGAAAUCCCCAACACGGAGGACGCGGUGGCCGUCAAGCACUUCCGCAUCAAGGAUGAGCUCUACCUCGCCCUGACGCGUUACAUCGGAGACUCCAAAGUUCUGCACUGGGGCGCCAAACAGUUCUCGGAGAUCCAGGCGCUACCGUCAAGAGGCGCUAUGAUCCUCCAGCCGUUCUCCUUCAAGGACCGCCACUAUCUGGCCCUGGGGAGCGACUACACCUUCUCGCAGAUCUUCCUCUGGGACGCAGAACAAGGCGUCUUCGAGCGCUUCAAGGAGGUCUACAUCCAGGCGCCGCGAUCCUUCACCGCCGUGUCCACCGACCGCCAGGACUUUGUCUUCACGUCCAGCUUCAAGGGGAACACGCACAUCUGGGAGCACGUCAUCGUCGAUUUGAGCUCGUGAGAGCCACCAAAAGAGAAAGUUACAACUAGCGCUGCAGUUAGCAUCGCGCUAGGUGGGUUAUUCAGCUCUACUUGCAUGCUAACACUUAAGUUGCUAUUCAGAUCAGAAAAUCAGUUUUCAGAAAUUUCUGGUUUAUUCCACCUCAAUUUUCUUAGAACGUUUCAAACUUUGCACCCCGACAUGGGAUUUUUCUUCUGCUAACUUUCAAAAAAAGCAUGGCCAAUCCAUGUAUUUGGAUAAAGGCUGACAAACGUUUAGCUAACGACGCAUGCUAAGUUGCCUUAUCAGCAUUCCGUGGCGAUCAAUAAGCAUCCGAUGUCAUUGCUUCUCAUGUUCAAGGAAUGUUUUGAAGCACAAACUUUAGUCAGGGACGUGCAAUUGCUAUGAAAUCUUUCGGCGCCAUUGACGGUAAUAGACGUCCAAUCAUGUGGCUAUGAAAACAUUAGCAUUUAAAUGAGUUUAUCAUGAGUAGACCAUAGACUUCACUAUCAGUUGACGAGACAGCUCCUACAGACAUUGCGCCACGGCUUCCCGUCGGGGGCCUGGUCAGGUAGAGCGUCAUGGAAGCUUUCACUGCGAUAAACUGAAACACGCUGCGUUCUAACGCCGGAUUUAGGUGGAAACAGGACGAAAGUUUUAGUGCAUAAAAAUCGGUAUUUCAGGCAAAAGCUUAUAUGAUAUGUUAAAUAUUGCAAAUGAUCCUGAAAAUAUAGGUGAUUAUUAGUGCUGCAACGAUUAAUCGAUUAACUUGAGUAAUUUGA